GAUACACGGACUGACGCGCUGAACACGGAGACAAAACCCGGAGACAAAACCCGGAGACAAAACCCGGUCCUACUGUCCGAUAAAAGUCGACUUUUAUCGAUGAGACAUGACUGGUUUGAGGUGAAGAUGAAUUUGAUCGCAGUCUUUGUCCUUUUGGGGACAGGACUGACGGUGAACGGGGACAAGCAUUCCCUCACUUACACCUACACGGCCUUCUCCAAAAACCCUGUUGGACUCCCGGGCAUCCAUGAGUUCACAGCCAUGGGUCAGCUGGACAGCAGGAUGAUCGACUACUUUGACAGCGAUCACCCGGUGAAAGUUCCCAAACAGGACUGGAUGAAAGACAAACUGCGUGUAGAUUACUGGGAAAAAGGCACACAGUCCCGCCAGAGCAAGCAGCAGUGGUUCAAAGUCAACAUCGACAUCCUGAUGAAACGCAUGAGACAGAACGACUCCGACGUCCAUAUUCUCCAGUGGAUGCACGGCUGUGAGGGCGACACGCAGUCCGACGGCACGAUGAAGUUCUACCGCGGCAUUGACAGGUACAGCUACGACGGAAACGACUUCCUGUCCUUCGACGACGCCAACUCGGUCUGGGUCGCCCCGAUUUACGCAGCACUCCAGACCAAGAGGAAGUGGGAUGAUGUCCAGGUGCUAAAAGAAUACACCAAAGGCUACCUGGAGAACGAGUGCAUAGAUUGGUUGGGCAAGUUCAUGACAUAUGAGGGGGCGCAAGCACAAAGUGCCUCUCCCCCAAAGGUGUUCGUGUAUACAAAGAAAGCCAAAGUCGAGAAAAACGUCAUUUUGAUGUGCCUGGCUACCGGUUUCUACCCAAAAGACAUCAUCCUGCAGAUCAAAAGGGACGACCGUAAUUUAACUCGAGAGGACGGCGUGACUACAACGGGUACUCGACCAAACGGCGACGGCACCUUCCAGAGAAGAGACCACGUGGAGAUUUUAAAGUCUCACGUGUCCAAUUACACCUGUGAAGUGAAACAUGAUGCAUCCGGGGUACAUGUUGAGGAGGUUUGGGAUCAUUCACUUCCUGACGAUUCUAACGUAGGUAUCAUCGGCGGCGUGGUUGGGGGCGUGGUUGGGGGCGUGGUUGGGGGCCUGGUCGUGGCCGUGAUCGGUAUCGCUGUGGUGCUGGUCGUCUUGUGGAAAAAAUUUGGAAAUCUAUGCAAAAAUGACAAAGGGUCAAAUCCGUCUCUCGACAGCGAUCGCACUGGUUACAGUGGUAUACCCCUUACUGGUGUAAAGACUUCCUCAAACGUGAAAGGUAACAACAGCAACGGCAGCACUGACGAGGUGAACAAAGCUCACACUGGCUCACGUUGGUCUCUCGACUCUGGCUCUGGCAUCUCUAGCGAUAGCAACAAAACCACCAACCCCGAAGCCGCCAGCCUCCUGGAGGAGAAUGCAGAGGAAGUCUAAGAAUAACAUCAUUUCCAUCAGAGUACAUCAAGCCUCACUGUGCUCUCUGGAUCCAAAUUAACCAAUAAUACAACUAAUAGUAGAAUCUGAUAGUAGAGUCUGGAAAUCAACAAGAACAACAACAAAACGUCUCUUAAAUGGGUUUAGGGUAAAUCUGUCGGGCAGUACUGGGACUGAGUUUGAACUUCAGUAAAUAUUCAAACAGCAUCAACACGGUCUUGUGUUGUGGCACUUCUAUGAAAACAAAUUGAUCAGAACUAAAAUAGAGUUCUAUUGCUCGUCUGAAAUGGGUUAAACUUAGGUUAGGCUUGUUUUGAUCAGGAGGUUGUAGGUCAGGUGGAGAUUCAGGAAA